AUGACCUGCGUGAUAAAAGAAGUGGAUGAGAACUCGUUCGAUGCCGACGUCUUCGAGAAGCAGCUCGGUCUUGCGUUGAUCCGGGAGCAUGAGGGUGACGCGCAGAAGCUCCUCGAGGCGGUGCUAGACUUCCUCAAGCGCAAGAGCAACUUUUUUAAUCAGGGAGACGCCAAGAGGCGGCUGCUGGACGCCUACCGCACCGUGACAGGCGAGGUGGAGCACCCCUCCGCCGGCCUUAAGGCCGGCUUCCUUGCCAGCACAAGCGGCGCCGCUGCCAAGCCCGCUGGCGUCACCACGGAGCAGGUUGUGCAGCAGCCCGGCAGCAGCAGCAGUGGCGCGGGCGCAGGCCCCUCUCCCACGCAGCAGGAACAGCAGCAGGACCAGGCGGAGCUGGAGGUGCAGCACGACCUCAACCAGCAGCCGCAGGCGGGGCCAGCGGCUGAACAGGCCGCUGCUGCAGCCGCCCCUGACACACCCGCCGAGGCCACCACUGCGCCGUCUGCGCCGUCCCCCGACGUGGUGGGAGAUGAGGACGAGGAGGGCGAGGGCAAGCCGGACCAAAACAAGGGCCUGAAGCCCAACGCAGGCCGUGGCGCUGACAUGGAGUGCUACAGCUGGACUCAGACUCUCAGCGAAGUCACAGUGGUGGUGCCUGUGCCGCCCGGCACCAAGGGUCGCUCGCUGGACGUGCUCAUUGCCAAGCAGCGCCUCCGCGUUGGCGUCAAAGGCCAGCCCGCCAUCGUCGACGGCAAGCUGUCGGAGGCGGUCAAGGCGGACGACUGCCUGUGGAACCUGGUGGACAACUGCGUGGAGCUGACGCUGACCAAGGCCGAGGGCAUGCAUUGGUGGCGCAGCGUGCUGGAGGGGGACGCGCAGAUUGACACACAGCAGGUGGAGCCGGAGAACAGCAAGCUGGAGGAGCUCGACCCUGAGACCAGGAAGACGGUCGAAAAGAUGAUGUUUGACCAGCGCCAGAAAGCCAUGGGCCUGCCGACCAGCGAUGAGAUGCAGAAGGAGGACAUGCUCAAGCGCUUCAUGGCGGCUCACCCCGAGAUGGACUUUUCCAAUGCCAAGAUUCAAAUGUGA